ACUCCUCAGUCCUCACUCAAACAGUGUGUGCGCGAGAGUGCGGCGAUACUCACGCGCCGUAGAUCAUCUGUGACGUAGGGAAUGAACGUUUGACUCACUCCAUUGUGCACAAAAUGACAAAAGUGGACAAAGAAUCGUUGGCUGGUCCUGUGGACUCUAAACCUAUCGUUGUUGACAGGAGCCACAAGGUGAAUAUCGCGCCUACGCAUCAUAAAACCCUCACCCAUUUGCCCAAACGACCCCCAGUGGACUUGGCUUUUACGGAUCUUACAUACAAUGUGCAGGAAGGAAGGAAAAGCAAUGUCAAGACGAUCCUUAAGUCGGUGUCAGGAAGGCUGCGGUCUGGUGAGCUUACUGCAAUCAUGGGACCCUCUGGCGCUGGAAAAUCUACCUUGCUCAACAUUCUUACUGGCUACAAAACGUCAGGUAUGGAAGGCAGUAUAACAGUAAACGGCAUGGAACGCAACCUGUCUAGCUUCCGCAAGCUCUCCUGCUACAUUAUGCAGGAUAACCAGUUGCACGGUAACCUAACUGUCGAGGAGGCUAUGAAAGUGGCUACGUCGCUUAAACUGCCCACUGCUACGUCAAGGGAAGAUAAGGAGGAAGUGAUUCAAGAGAUCCUCGAAACACUUGGUCUAGCCGAUCAUCUGAAAACCAUGACUUCGAACCUGUCUGGAGGACAGAAGAAGCGUCUUUCAAUCGCGUUGGAGCUGGUUAACAACCCACCGAUUAUGUUCUUCGAUGAACCAACAUCUGGUCUCGACAGUUCUUCUUGCUUCCAAUGUAUCUCCUUGUUGAAGACAUUGGCGAGUGGUGGUAGAACCAUUAUCUGUACCAUUCACCAGCCAUCUGCGCGUUUGUUUGAGAUGUUUGACCACUUGUACACGCUCGCUGAAGGCCAGUGUGUUUAUCAAGGCAGUACUGGACGGCUAGUGGAAUGGCUGGGCAGCUUGAACCUGCAGUGUCCGUCAUACCACAACCCGGCGUCUUUCAUCAUAGAAGUAUCGUGUGGGGAGUAUGGCGAGAACACGAGCAAACUUGUCCGGGCUAUUGAAAAUGGGAAGAAUGAUAUCAGAAAUGGCAAACCAUUCCCAACUCAACCGAAUUACAAUAACCGAAAGGAUAUGGAGGAGUCUGCGAAGAGCGCAUUAGACUGGAACAUAAACGACGCGUCCCAAGUAAGAGAUAAAUUCGCCGGGGACGUACCGAAUGGUGCGAAUGGGGCAAACGGUACGAAUGGCACGAGUAAUUUGCAGAACGGUUUAUUGCAGUUCGCCGCUAAUGAAAUUUCUAAGGGUAGUAAAGCCGAGCCACUGGUAGUGCAAAUGGACACAGAGAAGCAAGACAAUGCUGAAGUGGCCCUUUUAGGCACUGAUGGUUCCCCGCGUAGAUAUGCAACAUCCGAAGGCAAACAAUUCUGGGUCGUGCUUAAAAGGACUUUGCUCUUCAGUAGAAGAGAUUGGACACUUAUGUACCUGCGUCUUUUCGCUCACAUAUUGGUAGGCUUCUUGAUCGGGGCUCUCUACUACGAUAUUGGUAACGACGGCUCCAAGGUGCUCUCAAAUCUCGGUUUCCUUUUCUUCAAUAUGCUGUUCCUCAUGUACACAUCUAUGACCAUCACUAUAUUGAGUUUUCCCCUAGAGAUGCCUGUGCUAGUAAAAGAACACUUUAACCGAUGGUAUUCGCUACGAUCUUAUUAUUUGGCUAUCACCGUUUCAGAUAUUCCCUUCCAGGCGAUAUUCUGUAUAAUCUACGUGGUGAUAGUAUACCUGCUGACGUCACAACCUCUAGAGUGGUUCCGGUUUUCGAUGUUCCUCUCUUCGUGUCUCCUUAUAUCGUUUGUGGCGCAAAGUGUUGGACUUGUUGUUGGUGCCGCUAUGAAUGUGCAGAACGGAGUAUUCCUUGCGCCAGUGAUGUCGGUUCCAUUCCUAUUAUUCAGUGGUUUCUUCGUGUCGUUUAACGCGAUACCUGUAUACCUGCGAUGGAUCACCUACGUGUCGUAUAUUCGAUACGGUUUCGAAGGAACUGCACUAGCAACGUAUUCCUUUAAUAGGACUAAUCUUGCGUGUCAUCAGGCCUACUGUCACUUUAAGAAACCAGAGAUAACACUAGAAGAGCUCGACAUGACCAACGCCGACUUCACACUGGACAUAGCAGCGUUGUGCCUAAUUUUCUUACUCCUUCGUAUUUCUGCUUUCCUCUUCCUUCGUUGGAAACUCCGAUCCACUCGAUAGGUUAAUUAGAUAUAGAAGUACACGGAAAUUUUGUUACUUAUGGACGCGUCUUUCGCUUGUGUACAAUAAACUACGUCGUAGUUUUUAUCUAUGUAAAAAAAAAUAUUUUGAACUAUGUUUUGAAGCCAUUAAAAAUAUUAAUGUCUUAUUAGAAAUAAAGUGAUUUGAAUUUGAUGUAAAAAUGAUAAACAGUAAGAAUACAAAAUUUUCGUGUACAGUAUUCACUGAAGUUAUAGUUAGUCGGUGAUAAUGUGAUAAUAUAAUUCCAAUGUGAUGUAAGGACAAUUAUUCUACGUAUAUAAAAAUACGCAGCUAAUUAUUGAGGUUUGUUUACCAAAACCUUGUUGAAAAUAUAUUUUCUUUUAAUUGUAUAUCUAUACUCAAAGACUUGAUUGCGGUUAUAAGGGUUCUGUAUCCCAAUCGUUUUAGUUGGUUCGAAUUGAAAAAAAAACAUUUACACUGAUUAUGGAAUAAUGAAACUAUUGUGACUGUCACAUUUCUCUUUAUAGCUUGGUCACUGGUCAUCUAAAAUGUGAUAAUUCAAAAUUAUUUUUUAUCUUAACGAAAUUUAGCCAGCUCUAGAAACAUUAUUGGGACACAGUUGCUUAACCGACCGCAAAGUAAAUGAAAAGUUACUUUUAUGACUUACACGAUAAAGCUGCCGUGGCCUUAUUGUAAAAUAUACAAAUUUUAUUCAUUAAAUUUCCUAAUUUAUUGAGAUUUGAUGGUCACAAAAUUUUAUGCAUAUUGUACUUGAAUUGAUUUAAUGGUAUUUUGCCAUAAUGAAUAUUUGCCGAUGAACAAGGAAAAAGAGUCAAGUAGAUUCAAAUCUUGCCUUUAACUUGCCAUCGUAUGGAGUUUUUGAGACUAGUAAUCACCCAAAAAUAUAAAUGGACUGUCAAAGCUUUGCAAGAGAUAAUGUCUCUAGUGCAUAGCUGUAUUUAGAAAUGUGGUUACCGUCGCAUUUUAAGGAAUUAUAAAUUGCUCAAUAUAAGCUUAGUUAUAUAAAAUGUAAUAUUGUAUGCAAAUUCGGCCAUUACGAAAUUUAGUAAUAUAAGUAACUUAAUUAGGGAUCACGGUUUAUAUUGUACUUAGUUAAGUAAAUGUUUAGAUAAUGGUCCAAUAUUGUUGGUUAUAUGUAAUUUUAUAUAUUUUUAAUAAAUGGUUUAAAUAAG